CGUGUUCUGUUCCGUGUUCACUGUGGCGUCUCGUCUCCCUGUCCGCGUGUACGCAUGCGUUUGUCCAUGUGUUUGUCUCUGCCUAUCUCUGUGCGUGUGUGUGUUCGUGCGUGGUGUUCGCGUGUUCCUGUCCGUAUGCAUCUUCGCGAGUCCCCGCGUCCGUGUCCGUGCCGCGUCUCCGGGCCACGCAAGGAGCUGCGGUCCGCCUGCAGUCGUUCCUCCCCGCGCCUUCUGUGCACGGGCCGCACCAAUAUAGUUUCACCGUCCCGUCCUCUCCGUUGGGCGGGACGUGCCUUUCUGCAACUUCAGAGCGACUCUCCCGCAUCGCACCGCGUGGGGCUGCCACCUCACCGCCCUCGUAGACGCUCACGGAGCUCACGGAGCACACGGCCCUACCGCGCGCCCUCGCGGCCCCACCGCGCCCCCGCAGAGCGACCGUGCGAGACCGGCGUUCUUUCUCCUUCCCGCGCUCUUCCCCGCAGGGAAGAGAGACACGCUGUAUCUGCAUGCUCCCAUCUGCUGGCAGGCAGUCCCCAUGGGACCCCAGCCUAGCAGAGGCCGAGCGCGGGGCCGGGACAGUGGCUGGCCGUAGCCAGAGCCCUCGGCUGGGCCGCGGGGCUGACGGGCUAUGCCGCGUAUCUUCCGCGGCCACAGUCGGGGGACUGUCUGCGAGAGGCCAGAAGGGGAUGCCGAGGGAGACACACGGCUCGCUGGGCGGUGCCGGGGCUGGUGCCGGGGCUGAUGCCGGGGGUGGCCCCGCCGCUGCCUCGCUGGCGGACAGGCGGCUCUGCUCGCGAGGAGGGCUCCGCGGAGCCCCUGUGCUGGCACCCGGAGCGAGCACCAGCAGCCCAAACCCGUCGGUGUCAGACGUAAAAGCAGCAGUUCCGCGAUCCUCUGAUGCAGCAGGACCAGCAGGUUGGGAUGUUGGUUUCUUAUCCUUUCCUGUCACAUGGCUGGUAAUAGGAUCCCUCAUCUGCCACUCGGCACCUCGCUGGGGCGCAGUUACAGGACACAUGCAGUAGGGCCUCCGCUUCCCGCACUUUGCGCUCUUCACGGCCGUCCGCAACCACCUCUGCCCCGGGAGCGCUGCGGCUGCCGCCUGCCAGCGCGGCGCGGCCCGGCGGCCCCUUGCCAUGGAGCCCCCCGCCCUCGCCGCCGUUCUGGCCUUCUCAGGGCUGGCGCUGAGCUGCUGCCGCGAGCCCGUUCUCUCCGAAUGUUAUACAGCAAAUGGGGCUGACUAUCGUGGCACUCAGAACCAGACCUCCCAAUACGCAGGGAAACCUUGUCUUUUUUGGAAUGAGACCUUUGAGCAUCCAUAUAAUACUUUGAAAUAUCCCAAUGGGGAGGGAGGGCUUGGAGAGCAUAACUACUGCAGGAACCCUGAUGGAGAUGUCAGCCCAUGGUGCUACAUCGCGGAGCAUGAAGAUGGAAUAUAUUGGAAAUACUGUGAGAUUCCAUCCUGCCGAAUGCCAGGGAAUCUAGGGUGUUACAAAGACCAUGGAGAGCCACCACCUUUGACUGGCACCAGCGAGACCUCCAAUAAACUUACUAUCCAAACAUGCAUUAGUUCCUGCCGAAGUCAACAAUUUAAGUUUGCAGGCAUGGAAUCAGGUUAUGCCUGUUUCUGUGGAAAUAAUCCUGACUACUGGAGAUACGGGGAGGCAGCCAGUACGGAAUGCAACAGUGUUUGCUUUGGAGACCAUACUCAGCCUUGUGGUGGGGAUGGCAGAGUCAUUCUUUUUGACACCCUUAUUGGUGCCUGUGGAGGGAAUUACACUUCUGCUACAGCUGUGAUCUAUUCCCCAGAUUUUCCUGACACAUAUGGCACAGGCAGAGGAUGUUACUGGACCAUACAAGUCCCAGGAGCAUCUCAAAUCCACUUCAGCUUUGUCCUUUUUGAAAUCAAAGAUGCUACAGAUAUGGUGGAAUUACUGGACGGCUAUACCUAUCAUGUUCUAGCUCGUUUUAAUGGCAAGAACCGUCCUCCCCACACCUUCAACAUCUCUUUGGAUUUUGUUAUUUUGUAUUUUUUCUCGGAUGAAAUCAAUCAAGCCCAAGGAUUUGCUAUCAGGUAUAGAGCUGUGAAGGACAGUGUGCAUCAAAACAAGAUUACAAUGAAUCAGACCCUUUCAGAGAAGAUACAUGAACAUGCAAAUCUCAGUAUCAAUGCAGCUCGGUCAUCAAAGAUACUUUAUGUCAUCACAACCAGCCCAAGUCAUCCUAGUAGCUCCAUGCCUGAGUGGACAAUAUAUAGUCUCACGGCGCUGCUCAUCCUAAGUGUUACAGCCAUAUUGGCAAAGAUAUUUCUCCUCCACAUUAGCAUGAAAUCCCAUCAAACACCAUCUGCAAAUGAAAUGGAAGAUUCCAAUGAGGUUACUGCUGCUGGUGAGAUCUGGAGUAUAUUUUACCAGCCAUCCACAUCAAUAUCCAUCUUCAAGAAGAAGCUUCGAAGUCAACAAGAUGAUUGCAGUCCAUUAGUGGGAAACUGAAGUGUCUUUUAUUUUACAGGAACCAAUCUUCUUAAAAUCCAGGUGAUUUAAGAAUAAUCCUUUUUUUUUCUUCCCAAACUCAUACUUGUCUUCCAAAAAGUCAAUUUCCAAUGGCCUUUGAAAGACUUUGCUUGAUCUGCUGUUUUCUUGUGUAUACUAGUGAUGAUGGAUUUAAUUGCUGCAAUAAUUUUGAAAUAUUUGGUGCUCAUCAAACCUGCAGUACUGUUAACUGCUGCCUUUAAACCAGUGCACUUAAAAUACAAGUGAAAACCUGUAAAAUUCAAAAUAUCUCACAACCCUGCCAAAAGGAAUUGAAUGAGUAUCUGCAGGUUGAGGACUUUUUGUCUUCCUGUGUCACUGUAUUAUAUCAGGCCAUUUUAGUCUCUUUAUUCUCAAGACUGAAGACAGAGGUAGAUACUGAUAACCUGUUCAGCUGCCACAGAAGCCAGAGCUUAUUUGACUUUAAUGUAAACAUCUCUAAAUGGCACUAUACAGUAAAUUGGGAGUAAAAGACUGAGGAACUA